AUGUCUCUGUCGAGCGGUAUCCGGAAGCCUGUCAUUUUCACUGCGGUUCGCAAGAGGCCUUAUGGUCUUGCACCUAGACAGACGGCUCCGUUGCAGAAGUAUCAGAUUGUGGAGAAGAUGCUUGAACCAUGGACAUCAACUCUCAUUGACUUGUAUUUCCAAAAGGUCAACAUCUGUUUCCCACUCUUGGAUGAGAUGUCUUUCAAGCAUCAGUUUCAAACAGCUAGAGACAGAAUCUCCCCGGCACUAUUGUCUGUUCUUUACGCUCAUUCAAUGAUCUUUUGGAAAGGUUCCCCGGACCUUCCGUCAGAAUAUUGUCCCGACUCACGCUUUAUCUGGAACCAAGCAACAGAAACCUUGUUUUCCGAGCUGCAUAUUUCCCCCGGAAUUUCUACAAUCAUCGCCAUUAUUCUUAACGUCGGUGGCCGGCCAACCACCUCCAUGAUCAUGAACGAGAUCCAGCUUGGAGCCGCUGUGUCGCUGGCGCAGUCACUAGGACUCAAUCGUGAUCCUACGGACUGGAACAUCUCCAUCCCAGAGAAGUGUCUUCGAAUGAAGAUAUGGUGGGCAUUGGUGGUGCACGACAAAUGGCUGAGCCUUGCAUAUGGCACACCGCCACAAAUCAAACGUUUCCAAUAUGACGUACCAGAUCCUUCAUUGGAGUAUCUGAUAAGCAAAGAUGCCACUGAGACGGAGAUUGGUGCUGCUUCGGUAUUCAUGGCGCUCGUCACUUUGACCGGGGUCCUGGACAAGUACUUGGAGUUCGUCUACGACCUGAACCAAGAGCGAGAGCACGAUAACGGGCAAACCACACUCGGACUGGAACUCAGCCUGGGCCAAUGGGAAGACUCUCUCGGCGACGAUGUCAGAAGGAUAAUCACCCGCGGCAACAACUUACACAUCCCUGGCGCCGCAAACCUGCGACUAGCCUAUCUGUCUACAAAGUUGCUCCGCAGAAGGAUCGAACUCGACAUUGAAAAGCAGGAGGACGCCGUGCCUGGCGACGCGCUGACGAACAGAUACAUCCAAGUUCGCCGCGCCGCGGAGGAGAUCGUCAUGUUGGUUCAGGAGCUUGAGGAGAUCCACUUGAAUGAUUUCUGGCUGCCCGUGAGCGCAUUCGCGUUCACGUCCGCCAUCACUUUUCUGCUGCGCUGUGCGCUGGAGACUGAAAAUACAGCGGGAGGGCUGGCCCAGAGCGCGUCUCUGAAGUUGGCGAGGAAUUUGAUCGACUCUCUGCAGUCCCAUCAGCAGAAUUCAGGCUGGGAUCUCGGAGAGCUCUGCCUAGCACAGUAUGCUGAGGUGGUUGAGAAGCUGUUGACUGUAGAAAGCCCUUCGGCGACGGUUCCUGAGUUUCAGCAGCUCAUGAUGUCGUCGGAGGUUCCGAUCAUCGACGAGCUUUUCCCGAAUCUCUGGGACAUGUUCUAA